CUCUGGAGCCGCAGCUUCUGCUCGGAGCCGAAGGGGUCUCGCCUCGCCCGGAGCGCUGUCACCUGCUCCUGCUCCUUCUCCCUUCGGUGUCAUGUGAGUCUCCCUGAGAGCUGCUGCCCGAGCAGAAAUGCUCUCAGUGGAGAAUGGCCUGGACCCUCGGGCUGCCAUCCAGGUCAUCAAGAAGAAGCUCGUGGGAUCCGUGAAGGCUCUGCAGAAACAGCAUGUGUCUCUAGACACAGUGGUCACCAGUGAAGAUGGAGAUGCCAACGCCAUGUGCAGUGCCCUGGAGGCCGUGUUCAUCCAUGGCCUGCAUGCCAAGCACAUCCGCGCCGAGGCUGGCGGCAAAAGGAAGAAGCACACUCAUCAGAAGCCUCUGCCUCAGCCUGUCUUCUGGCCCCUUCUGAAAGCCGUCACCCACAAACACAUUGUCUCAGAUUUGGAGCACCUGGUCUUCAUCAACACAGAUGUAGGCCGCUGCCGGGCCUGGCUGCGGUUGGCCCUCAAUGACGGCCUGAUGGAGUGCUAUCUGAAACUGCUCCUGCAGGAACCUGCACGGUUGUGCGAGUACUAUCAGCCCACAGCCCUGCUUCGAGAUGCUGAGGAGGCUGAGUUCCUCCUGAGCUUCCUGCAAGGACUAACGUCCUUGUCCUUUGAACUCUCCUACAAGUCGGCUGUCUUAAAUGAAUGGACCCUCACCCCGUUGUCUCUCUCUGGGCUUUGCCCCCUCUCUGAACUCGACCCUCUCACUACCUCUGGUGCAGAACUACAACGGAAAGAGUCUCUGGAUUCAAUUUCCCAUUCCUCGGGCUCUGAGGACAUCGAAGUCCAACACUCAGGCCAUAAGAUUCGCAGGAACAGGAAGCUCACUGCCUCUUCCCUCAGCCUGGACACAGCCAGUUCAUCCCAGCUGUCCUGCAGCCUAAAUUCUGACAGCUGCCUGCUCCAAGAGAAUGGUCCCAAGAGUCCAGACCAUUCUGAAGAACCCAUGUCCUACGACUCAGAUCUGGGCACGGCAAACGCUGAUGACUCCGACAGGUCUCUGCAAGAGGUGUUGUCGGAAUUCAGCAAAGCCCAGGUAAAUUCUGCGCCAAGCAGCGGACCAAACCAAGAGCCAGACACCCCCAUGAUGCAGACCCCCCUCUCCCUCCAUAGCCUAGCUACCAGCACACAGCUGCAUUUUGAGGGAUCUGAAGAGCUCUUUCCUGCCCACACAUCGUCUGGGACAUCAAGUGGUGGCCACAAGCAUCAGCUACUGCCCCAGGAGACCCCAGACGAGCAGCAGCUAGGCACUGCCCCAGCUGGCCCUGCACAGAGCACUUCAGACCAGCAGCCUUCUAGUCCUGUGGGCGGAGCAGCUGGACAAGGGAGUGGCCCUUGGAAGGCCUUGGAGUAUGGCAGAGUUGGACCGAAGCUUGUGGUUUCCUCUCCUUCGAGUCCGGAAGGCAAGAGCUGGAUUUCUGAAGAUGACUUCUGCAGACCGCCCCAGGAGCCUGCUCUGAAGAGCGCUGCAGGUCUCUGCACAUCUCCUCAGCAGGGCUCUCCAGAGUCAAGGGCCGCUCUCCACAGGCCUUCUUCUCAAGGACCAAGAAAGAGCUGUUCCUUGGGGGCAUUAGACAAAGCAUGUGUGUCCUCACAGGGCUGCAGAAAUAUCCAGCCAGCUCCAGCCCCAGGGGUGACCCAAGACCAUAAAAACUUCUGUGUGGUGCACCGAAGGCAAAUGGGGCUAUCCAACCCAUUCCGGGGGCUCAUGAAGCUGGGCACAGUGGCCCGGCGAGGAGCCAUGGGCAUCUGGAAGGAAUUCUUUUGUGAGCUGUCCCCAUUGGAGCUCCGCCUCUACCUGAGUGAUGAGGAGCGCACCUGUGUGGAGAGCUGCUCCCUGCUCCGAUGUGAGGCUGUGGGGCCAGCACAUAGCGAUGGACGCUUUGAGUUGGUCUUCUCGGGCAAGAAGCUCGCUCUCCGUGCCUCCUCCCAAGAUGAGGCUGAGGACUGGCUUGACCGCGUGCGGGAGGCUCUGCAGAAGGUGCGCCCUCAGCAAGAAGAUGAGUGGGUGAAUAUCCAGUACCCAGACCAGACUGAGGAUGGCCCAGAGGCUCCACCAGACAGCCUUCCCCCCUAUUCAGCCCUACUCCCCGAGCCUGCAGCUGCCCAGGGCAUGCAGUUGGACUGGACAUCUGCCCAGGUUCCAGAGCCAGAUGCUAUCAAAGAGUCCCUUUUGUAUCUGUAUGCAGACCGGACCUGGGUCCCCUAUAUCUUUUCCCUAUCCUUGGAGUCUCUGAAAUGUUUCCGUGUGAGAAACAAUGAGAAGAUGCUAAGUGAUAGCCAUGGAGUGGAGACCAUCCGCGACAUCCUGCCAGACGCCAGCCUUGGGGGCCCAGCCUUCUUCAAAAUCAUCACGGCCAAGGCUGUCCUGAAACUGCAGGCCAAGGACACCGAGGAGGCCGCCCACUGGAGAGACCUGGUCCGGAAAGUGCUGGCAUCUUACCUAGAGUCAGCAGAGGAGGCUGUGACACUUGGUGGGAGCCUGGAUGAAAAAUGUCAGGAGGUGCUGAAGUUUGCUACCAGGGAGAACGGCUUCCUGCUACAGUACCUUGUGGCCAUCCCGACCGAGAAGGGCCUCGACUCCCAGGGCUGCUUCUGCGCAGGCUGCUCCCGACAGAUCGGCUUCUCCUUUGUACGACCCAAGCUCUGUGCCUUCUCUGGCCUGUAUUACUGUGACUUCUGCCACCAAGAUGAUGCCUCAGUGAUUCCAGCCAGAAUCAUCCACAACUGGGACCUCACGAAGCGCCCGGUAUGCCGGCAGGCCCUGAAGUUCCUGACCCAGAUCCGGGCCCAGCCCCUCAUCAACCUCCAGCUGGUAAACGCCUCUCUGUAUGAGCAUGUGGAACGCAUGCACCUCAUUGGCAGGAGCCGGGAGCAGCUGAAACUUCUGGGGGACUACCUAGGCCUGUGCCGAAGUGGUGCUCUGAAGGAGUUGUGCAAAAGGCUGAGCCACAGGAAUUAUCUCCUGGAGUCUCCUCACAGAUUCAGUGUUGCUGACCUCCAGCAGAUUGCAGAGGGUGUGUAUGAGGGGUUCCUCAAAGCCCUGAUUGAAUUCGCAUCCCAGCAUGUCUACCACUGUGACCUGUGCACCCAGCGAGGCUUCAUCUGCCAGAUCUGCCACCACCAGGACAUCAUCUUUCCCUUUGAGUUUGACACCACAGUCAGGUGUGCAGAAUGCAGAACUGUCUUCCAUCAGAGCUGCCAGGCUGUGGUGAGGAAGGGCUGUCCCCGAUGUGCCCGCCGCCGCAAGUACCAGGAACAGAACAUUGUCAGUUAACCCAGCUGUCCUGACUUUCUGAGGCCAUCCAGCUGGUUGUGUCAUCAGCCUAGGCUUCCCCUUCUCCCUGUAAGGAAGACUCAGGUGUGCCUAGAGCUCCGGCCUGCAGGGAAGGCACAGGAAGUCCAGUGAUGCCCAAGGCCCCUCACAACCUUUCUGCUCCAGGAGGAGAUCCAGCAGGUACCUCUGCCCAGGGCCUGGCUUCCCUGGCUGUCAUGGCUCCUCCGUUAGGGCUGUUCAUCAUACACUGUGGGAAUGAAGCCUGGUGAGCAUUGUCCAUGCUCCUGAGUAAAGGUCUAGUUUUUUAAGGCAGGUUUCCCCCCUUCAUAUUUAAACAGAAAAUAUUUUUUUAUUCUUGACCUACCCAAGUCACCCGAGCGGAUGGGUAAGAGCAGCCCCAGCCCAGGCAGGCAUGGCGCUGGGUGGACAGGCCUCUGCAGGGUCAGCCUGUCUGGACCGGGUGCCUUUCCUCUGCCCUUUCUGGCACAUACUGCCAAGAGUGCAAGUGUCAUGUGCCAAAUGGCCUGUCAUUGUGAGGCUGGCUUCAGUGAGCACCUUUCCCUCCGCUCCUCACGCUCUAUCUCACCUGAAAGGCAUCCCUUCCUCUGUCGGAGCCCUGGCUUACCCAGCUGCGGGCACAGCACAGCAGGAGCGGGGCGGCCAGCACCAGCACUGUCAGCACUUUGAGCUUUCCUUCUCAGGAAGGCCACGACCUUGCCCACCUCAUCCCCAUGCCCCCCUUACCCUGCAGGGUAGAGUAGGCUAGAAGCCAGAGAGCUCCGAGCUCCAUCUGAAGAAAGAGGUGACAUCCUUGGGCUACAGAGAGAGGGGGAUUUGCCCCAAAGCUGCCUGCAGAGCUUCACCCACCCUAGUCUCACAAAGCCUUGAGUUCUUGAGUUUUCACCCUGCCCAGCAGGACACUGCAGCACCCAAAGGGCUUCCUAGGAGCGGGGCUGCCCUUAAGAGGCUCUUGGGGGUAUGCGCUCUGCCCUCCUCACCUCUCCUGCACCCCACAGCCCUCUGGCUACCCCAGAGCACUUAGAGCCAGGGGCUUCAGACGGAAUGGAGGGCCUCCCUGGAAAUGUGCCUGUCAUGUCUAGAGGAGGUCACCCCACCCUCCCUGAGGUGAAUGAGCUGAGUCACCUGAAGCUUGAAGAAUUGUGCAAUAAAACAUAGGAGCCAGUAGGCAGAUGGCAGAGGCUGCCAUGUAGUUCAUCUGUCCCGGUCAUGGAAGACGGCGCUCACCAGUGGUUGAAACACCAAAGCCUCCAAAGCCACCCAGUGUAUCUAUAUCUGCACCACCACCACCCCACCCCACCCCCCAGCUAGCAUUAACACGUCCCCCAAACUACAUCCUGAUCAGAGCCUCCUUGUUUUUGGACCCUGAAUGGGCAAGAGUCUGUCCCCUGUGGGCCUGUCACAUGAGGGUAUUCCACAACCUGCCUAGGAGAUGGAGUCCCCCCACUGCCUGGACUGUGAGCAUAAGAGCUGCCCCUGGCCUUCACUAAGCUACUGACGUGCUCGAGUGAGAGACUUGCCCCCACCAGAAGAGAGCUCACGUGAACCUCUGCAGUGCCCACACUAUUGGAAAAACUGCUAUUUGAUGCAAUAUUCUGACAGGCAAGCCUUGGCAGUGCAGGGGAGAAGCUGCUGCUGUGUGUGGUAUGUGAGUGAUUUUGCAGUAAAGAGCUGGCCUUUCUAAGCA